AUGACGAAUAAUUCGAGCAUAAAUACCCUUGUAAAGUGGUAUUGGGUUUCUUUCAACUCCACCAUAACGAUAGCGUUCUUCAUCACAGCGUUCUACUGGACGCUGCUCAGCGAUAAUGAAGAAAUAACACAGGAACUCGAUUUCGACCCUGUCCUGGAUGUGUUUGUGCACGGCAUCAACUCAGUGGUGAUGUUUUGUCUGCUGGUCACUUCCCGCCAGCCCACCAGGGUCCUCCACUUCUACGUGCCACUCACCCUUGGCAUUGUCUACAUGUUGUUCAGCCUUUUGUACUACUUCUUCGGUGGAUUGAAUCCAUUCGGCGGUGUAUGGAUCUAUCCGAUGCUGGACUGGUCGGAGCCUGGCCCCACAAUACUACUUGUGGUAAUCUCAGCUCUACUGAUGAUCGUGGUCCACUUUGUCGUCGUCUCCAUGACCUUAAUCAGGGAUGCCGUUACCAAGUCAUGCAAACAGUCCACAGUUCUUCCGAUUAGUGAUGAAGACAAUGGAAACGGAAGUUUUGGAUACUGGUUUAUUUAUCUAACUCAUUGGGGAUUGAUGAGCAUUCUCUUUGCCACUGGAUUCGCGACUGCGGUGUCAGCACGCUGUUACCUUUACGGACCUAUAAGCACCGAGUUCAAGUUACCAUGGUACGUGAAGAUUUAUUGGACAUUGUUCAAUAUCGCCACUCCUCUAGCUUUUCUAAUCACAAUAUUCUACUGGACAGUACUUUACGAAGCGGGUAUCGAGGAGGAGUUGAACCAUGGGCUGGACGUGGCAGUGCACGGGCUGAACUCGCUGGUGAUGUUCCUGCUUCUCUGCAGCAGUGCUCACCCUGGCCGGCUGCUGCACAUCUACCAGCCUCUGGUCUUCGCCACCAUAUACAUGCUGUUCAGCGUCAUCUACCACGCAGCUGGUGGUACCGACCAAAAAGGUAACGCCUACAUCUACCCUGUGGUGAACUGGUCGGAGCCAGGAACAACAGUGUUGGUAGUGUUCAUCACUGGCUUGCUACUGGUGGUGCUGCACCUGGUGACACUUGGUCUAUCUGCCUUACGAGACCUGGUGGCUACUCGCUUAAUAAACCGUGGCGCCCCGGCAAAUCCUAACGAGGGGGUGCCAUUGAGGCAACCGGUCUACGCGUGA